AUGUCUGCCUCCCUACGCGAACGGCGGGGCUCCGGAUCAACGGGUUCGGAAGCAGAUGCAGAUGUUGUCCUUGACAGAGCACGAGCUGCUAUUGAAGAAGAGCAUUCCAUGACAUUAUGGUCAGCCGUGAAAUCAUAUCCGAAAGCCAUAGGCUGGUCCGUCUUGGCUUCAACAUGUAUCGUUAUGGAAGGUUAUGACUUGGUGGUCAUCUUUAGCUUCUUCGCCUUUCCAGCUUUCUCAAAAAAGUAUGGCCAUCUGACUGAAGACGGAAGUUAUCAGGUCACUGCAGCCUGGCAGACAGGACUAACCAACGGCACUUGUAUCGGUGAGAUGAUUGGUCUAGCCUUGACUGGUAUAUUCGCAGAUAAAUAUGGUCAGCGUUGGACAAUUAUUGGCGCUUUGGGUCUGGUGACGUGCUUCAUCUUCAUCACUUUCUUCUCUCCAAACAUCCGGAUUCUUUUGGUCGGCCAAAUCCUAUGCGGCAUUCCUUGGGGUGUCUUCCAAACGAUCACCCCCUCAUAUGCUGCCGAGGUGGUUCCAACGGAGCUCAGACCAUAUCUCACUUGCUAUGUGAACUUGUGUUGGGUGAUGGGCCAGAUAAUAGGCUCUGGAGUUCUUCGAGCAUUGGUCGAUCGAACGGACCAGUGGGGAUACAGAAUCCCCUACGCCUUGCAAUGGAUAUGGCCAAUCCCCCUCGCCGUCGCCAUGUUCCUCGCACCUGAAAGUCCUUGGUGGUUAGUGCGACAAGGCCGCAUCCAGGACGCAGAAACAUCGGUGAAUCGCUUGAUGAGCAGGCAAGGGCAAGAGGCUUUCGACAGUCAGAAAGCAGUGGCAGCCAUGAUUCACACAAACGAGAUGGAGAAACAAGUCACGCUGGGCACUUCAUACCGGGACUGCUUUAGGGGCAUUGAACUUCGCCGCACGGAGAUUUGUUGCAUGGUCUGGAUGAUACAAAUUCUGUGUGGCGGAGGCAUCAUGGCAUUCUCGUCGUACUUUUUCGAACGCGCUGGACUGAACACGGCAUACUCUUUCGACCUCACAAUGGCGCAAUACGGUCUAGGCGCCGUAGGAGUCUUCAUCGCUUGGGCACUGCUACCUUGGGUUGGAAGGCGCAAACUCUUCAUCAUAGGACAGGUCAUGAUGAUGGUCCUUCUCCUCAUUAUUGGAUUCAUCGGCAUCGCACCCAAGAACCAACCAUCUUCGUGGGCGGUAGGUGCUCUCCUCCUGCUUUAUGUGUUCGUCUACGACAUCACGGUCGGACCGCUCACUUACUCAUUUGUCUCUGAGAUAUCAUCGACCAGGUUACGGCAGAAGACAAUGGUCCUGGCACGUAAUGCUUACCUUGUGGCCAAUAUCAUUAACAACGUAUUAACACCACACAUGCUCAACCCAACAGCAUGGAACUGGGGCCCAAAGACAGGACUGUUCUGGGCAGGUAGUUGUUUCCUAACAACAGUUUGGGCAUACUACAGGCUCCCCGAGCCCAAGGGCCGAACAUAUGCAGAACUGGACGACUUGUUUGAGCGCAACAUCCCAGCUCGGCAAUUUGCUACCACAGUCGCAAAUCCUUUCGACAAUGGGCGGCGGCAUGGAUCACUGGAUCAAGCAUCGAGAAGGCAAGAGGAGCGAAAGGUGGAAAGUAAUUGA